CGCCCCCUCGUUCCCGGAAGUAGAAGACAGCGGCGUUGCCAUGGCGGCGUCUCUGGGGCAGGUGCUGGCUCUGGUGCUGGUGGCCGCUCUGUGGGGUGGCACGCAGCCGCUGCUGAAGCGGGCCUCCACCGGCCUGCAGCGGGUUCAUGAGCCGACCUGGGCCCGGCAGUUGCUACAGGAGAUGAAGACCCUCUUCUUGAAUACUGAGUACCUGAUGCCCUUUCUCCUCAACCAGUGUGGAUCCCUUCUCUAUUACCUCACCUUGGCAUCGACAGAUCUGACCCUGGCUGUGCCCAUCUGUAACUCUCUGGCCAUCAUCUUCACACUGAUUGUUGGGAAGGCCCUUGGAGAAGAUAUUGGUGGAAAACGUAAGUUAGACUACUGCGAGUGCGGGACGCAGCUCUGUGGAUCUCGACAUACCUGUGUUAGUUCCUUCCCAGAACCCAUCUCCCCAGAGUGGGUGAGGACACGGCCUUUUCCCAUCCUGCCCUUUCCUCUGCAGCUGUUUUUCUUCCUUGUGGCCAUCAGAGUUCCCUUCCCUUGGACAGUCUGGGGAAAGACAGAGGCUGGGGUUUGGGAUUGAGGACCGGACCCCAUCUGAGCCUUUCCUCCAGCCCUGUACCAGCUCCUACUGGCAUGGCUGAGCUCAGACCCUCUUGAUUUCUGCCUAUUAUCCCAGGAGCAGUUGCUGGCAUGGUGCUCACCGUGAUAGGAAUUUCACUCUGCAUCACAAGCUCAGUGAGUAAGACCCAGGGGCAACAGUCUACCCUUUGAGUGGGCCAAACCCACCUCCAGCUCUGCUGCCUCCAGGAAGCCCCUGGGCCAUGAAGUGCUGGCAGUGAGCGGAUGGACCUAGCACUUCCCCUCUCUGGCCUUAGCUUCCUCCUCUCUUAUGGGGAUAACAGCUACCUCAUGGAUCACAAUAAGAGAACAAGAGUGAAAGAGUUUUGUAACCUUCAAGUGCUGUUCAGCUGCGGGGAUUUAGCACAGGAGACUCUACGCUCACCCUCAGCAACCUUUCUGCCCCAGCAGCUCUCUUCCUGCUAACAUCUCAGGCUCCCAGCCCAGCCACCAUUACUGUGGCCUGAUCUGGACUAUCAUGGUGGCAGGUUCCAUGGACUGCAGAACUCCAGCUGCAUGGAAAGGGCCAGCUGCAGACUUUGAGCCAGAAAUGCAAACGGGAGGCCUCUGGGGCUCAGUCAGAGCGCUUUGGCUGAAUGAGGGGUGGAACCGAGGGAAGAAGGUGCGUCAGAGUGGCAGAUGCAGGAAAUGAGCUGUCUAUUAGCCUUGCCUGCCCCACCCAUGAGGUAGGCAGAAAUCCUCACUGCCAGCCCCUCUUAAACAGGUAGAGAGCUGUGAGCCCCAGCCCCACCUGAGUCCAGCACACCUGGCGAGUAGUAGCUGUCAAUAAAUCUGUGGUAAACAGACAAGAGGUUAGUAAGUAUUCUUUUAUUGUGACAAACCCACUCCCCCGUUUGUGGCCUGUCUCCCAGGCUCAGUCAGCUACUCCUUUCUCUGGCCAGAGAAUCCCAUAAGGAAAUAGCCCCCACAGCCAGGGCUGCUCUGCUCAGAGGAAGGGAAGGCUGGGCUGUGGGUUUAGGAGCAGGAGAACGGGGAGGGCUGAGGAGGCCGCAGUGUACCCUGUGAGCCCAGCGGAGGUGCUGGCUCCUGAGGAACAAGCUGCUGGAGGCUAAGGACAAAAGGUGGCCAGAGUAGUGGUCCCCAGUUGCCCUCUGGAGCUGCUGGCUCUCAAGAUGGCAGAGCUGGGGCUGAGGCUGAGAUAGCAGCCCCAGCCCCAGGCUGGUUUUCCAGGGACAAGGCCUCUUCCACUAUCUGUGCUGCCCUCUGCAGGAGGUGGAAGGCCAUACAGAAUGGAGCCAUGAGUAUGGCCAGCCUCCAGCUCUCAGCCAGGAGGUCCCCAACCCCAAGGAAGGAAGAAACUGGAAAUUAGGAACUGCUUCCUCAUUUAACAAGGUAGGAAGUUAGGAGAUCAUUUACUUUCAAUCACAAGGGAGGAGAACUGUUCCUGGGGCCCAAGGCUGCCAGUUUCCAGCUCAGAGCUCCUCCCAUCCCAACAUACUGUUUCCUGAUCCAACAGCUUACCUGAUCCAAGGGCUCCUCUGUCUGGGUGUCUUCAUCAUCUGCUACUUCCAGGGCCCCCGCUGUCUCCUUCCUUCGGUGGGGAGCUCCGUAUACUCCUAUAACUCCUAAAGAGGGGUGGCAGCACUGGGUGAUGCCCAGGCUGAAGAGCCCUCAGCAUUCCUGCCCUGGACCUUCAUGCUAGCCCCUUUCCCUCCCCUGAACCUGGUUCUGCAUUCCCCACCACCUCCCAGGAUGGCAAGGAAGUGAGAGGUGGGCCUUUGGUCCCACCCCCAUCCCCUCUAUAUCCCACCCCUGAAGUCUCAUCGCUUUAAGCACUGCCCUUUCCACGUGCUUCUUUUCAUGUGAUGAGGCCCUGUGAAGAAGGGACAGGAUAUACAGAUGGGGGCAGCUGGAGACAGUUAUGAUGAGUGCCGGCUUUGUGUCUGAGCAUUCUGCUCCCAUGGACAUCCCCAACAACAGCAGGGACCAACCCAUGUCACUGUCAAAGGGCAGCUGAGAAGGGCCUGAGCCCCAGGGACCCCUCACCUGAUGGGAAUGAGAGUGUGGGGAGCUUGCUUCUUGGCUGAAUGGUCUGCUGGGGUCUGGCAUAGAAAGCAGAUGGCUUAAUUCGGUCUGGUUCCUUUGGAGAGGGCUGGGUUACCUGGGCCCUGUGGCCUUGGGCCUAGAGAAGGGACACUGGGCUUGGACCCUGAUUGCUGGCCAUUCUUACCUUUCCUACUCCCCAGUUCAGGCUUCAGAGAGCCCCUGACGCCUGCAGGAACAUGGCAGAGGAGACGCCGUCUGUCUUCACAAAGUACGUCCUCCCUCCUUGCUGCCUCUUCCCACCAGCCUGACUUAUCCAGGGACAGAGCAGUAGGUGCCUGGCACUCCUCGAUGCCCAGUGAAACCAGACUGUGCUUCCCCACCCCCACCGCCAUGCCCCAUGCUCACUGGCUCAUUUCUUGGGAGGGCUUAGAGCUGGAUAAUAUAAGUUCCCUUGGA